AUGCCGUUGUCGUGUCGAUUUUACCAAGAGAAAUAUCCCGAGGUCGAAGAUGUGGUAAUGGUAAACGUUAGGUCAAUCGCGGAAAUGGGUGCUUAUGUGCAUUUACUCGAAUAUAAUAACAUUGAGGGCAUGAUAUUGCUCUCUGAAUUGUCGAGAAGACGCAUAAGAUCUAUCAACAAAUUGAUUCGUGUUGGUAAAACUGAACCGGUUGUCGUUAUCAGAGUUGACAAAGAAAAAGGUUAUAUAGAUUUGUCAAAGCGUCGUGUAUCAGCAGAAGAUAUCGAUAAGUGUACCGAGCGAUACGCUAAGGCUAAGGCCGUCAACUCCAUCCUUCGACAUGUGGCUGAACUCCUCCAUUACCAGAGCUCAGAGCAGCUUGAAGAGUUGUACAAGCAGACUGCAUGGCACUUUGAAGAUAAAUAUAAGAAAAAGGCAUCUGCUUAUGAUUUUUUCAAACAAGCUGCAGUAGAUCCAUCUGUCCUUAAUGAAUGUGGCCUUGAUGACAAAACAAAGGAGGUUCUACUUGCCAAUAUUAAGAGGAAACUCACCUCUCAGGCUGUUAAAAUCCGUGCUGAUAUCGAGUGUGCUUGCUAUGGUUAUGAAGGCAUUGAUGCUGUCAAGGCAGCACUAAAAGCUGGACUUUCUCUUUCCACACCUGAGCUGCCAAUUAAAAUUAAUCUAAUUGCUCCGCCUUUGUAUGUAAUGACCACUUCUACACCUGAAAAAGCAGAUGGGUUAAAAGCUUUACAAGAUGCGAUUGAUAAAAUUCAAGAUACUAUAACUACCGCGGGUGGUGUGUUCAACGUUCAGAUGGCUCCUAAGGUAGUGACAGCCACGGAUGAGGCAGAGCUGGCGAGACAGAUGGAAAGGGCAGAGGCUGAAAAUGCUGAGAUAGAUGGCGACUCUGCUGAAGAAGAUGAGGACCAAGGUAUGGGUGACGCCGGUAUGGAUGAGGAACCGCAACAGAAUGGUGCCUCUGAUGAGGAAGAUGACAACUAAUAUUGCUAUUGUAUAUGAUAUGGUUAAAUAUAUGCACUCUUUUAUACAAUA